AUGUCGACUAGAGAGGACAUUGAGGAGUUCGAAGAACAAUUGAGACUCCAAAAAACUCCCGUUAAUGAAGAUUCAGUCACUCGGACGAGGGUCGAUUCUGAUGGUACUGAAAUGGAAUGGGAUGAGAAACGUAAAGCUUGGUAUCAAAUGAAUUAUGGAUUCAAAAAUGAUUCUGCAGAACCGGAUCCUACUCAAUCGCUUGUAUUGGGAGAUGCUUGGUCUGUCCAUGCACGGAGAUUAGAGGAGCUUCGUCGGGAGAGAGGUGAAUCGGACAAGGAAGUUUUAGCUUUACAGAAAGCAAGCGAAGAAUCCCUAGCAGCAUAUUAUUCCUCUCCGGCAUACAAAGCCUGGUAUUCAAUGUACAUUAAGGUGAAGGGAGACGGAACAGCCAGUUGUGACAACCAGGUUGGCAUAUUGUAA